CUGCAAUUACAAAAUGUCACCACUUGACUGCAAUUACAAAAUGUCACCACUUGGUUGCAAUUACAAAAUGUCACCACUUGGUUCCAAUUACAAAAUGUCACCACUUUGUUGCAAUUACAAAAUGUCACCACAUGGUUGCAAUUACAAAAUGUCAUUGCUUGGCUGCAAUUACAAAAUGUCACCACAUGGUUGCAAUUACAAAAUGUUACCAAAUGGUUGUAAUAACAAAAUGUCACCACUUGGUUGCAAUUACAAAAUGUCACCACUUGGUUCCAAUUACAAAAUGUCACCACUUGGUUGCAAUUACAAAAUGUCACCACUUGGUUGCAAUUACAAAAUGUCACCACAUGGUUGCAAUUACAAAAUGUUACCACUUAGUUGCAAUUACAAAAUGUCACAAAUUGGUUGCAAUUACAAAAUGUCACCACAUGGUUGCAAUCACAAAAUGUCACCAUAUGGUUGCAAUUACAAAAUGUCACCACUUGGUUGUAAUUACAAAAAUGUCACCACAUGGUUGCAAUUACAAAAUGUUACCAAAUGGUUGUAAUAACAAAAUGUCACCACUUGGUUGCAAUUACAAAAUGUCACCACUUGGUUCCAAUUACAAAAUGUCACCACUUGGUUGCAAUUACAAAAUGUCACCACUUGGUUGCAAUUACAAAAUGUCACCACAUGGUUGCAAUUGAAAAAUGUCACCACUUGGAUGCAAUUACGAAAUGUCAAGGCAUAGUUGCAAUUACAAAAUGUUACCACUUGGUUGGAAUUUCAAAUUGUCACCAUAUGGUUGCAAUUACAAAAUGUCACCACAUGGUUGCAAUUACAAA